CGAUUAUUCCCGUCAGUUCAUUUUUCUCGGUCAAGAACCCGAAAACAAAACAAGGACACAGCAAAACAGCGCAAGUUUUACGCGUGUUUCAAAACUAAAGGUAAGCAGCCUAAGACUAUUCUUUCAUGGGAAAUGAAAACGGGGGCUUUCCUGUGGCAUAAUCUCACAUUUAUAAACAGAAAGAUGACACUUCAGUCACUGAGUUAAAACUGGUUAAAAGAAGAUUAGCGUCGUUUCAUUUCUCAUGUUUUUUCGACAAACCAAACGAAUUUCAAGACAACGAUUCAUGUUACGCUGGCAGAUAUAUAUUCUGUGGAAGUUAUGAUUAAGAACAAAACCAAUUGAUUCAUACAAAUGUUUGUGCAGUAAAACAUAUCAAGUAAAGUUGCCUGCGGAGUCGGAAAUCAAAAACAUUACGUUGAAUAUCGACAUGCUUGGAGGCAUUCCUAGCUUCAUUUAUGUUCAAAAGUUCUGUCUAUAAGAAUUAUGUUGUGUCUCUUACUAGCAUGCCAGUUUUGGGCCACUAAUCAUAUCUAUAUUUGCUAAUCAUAGAAAUCUCAAAGUCACGCCAUACUUCCCUUCACAUUAUGUCUCUGUAAUGUGUUGAUAUUUUCAAUUUAUCAAUCUUGUAAGCAGGUCAUAGUCUACUACACGGCCGUUUGAAGUGUCGUCACGCAACGCUCCUCCCCACUAAAAACGGCUGUGUAGCAGACUAAGCAGGUCAUGGCUUUAUUCGAUAUUCGAUUAUCAGCCGCUAUUUCGGAAAAUAGCCCGAGCUCCUUUCUUUUUGGGCCAAAAAAUCUCUUCACGGGGAGGAGUAAGACCAGACCAGAGAGAGUGACAGAUUUCGAAUUUGAUUGCAAUUUGUCGGUCAAAACCCACCACGUGUUAUCCACAGAAUAUGAAAACAAAAUGUCAAACUUGCCCGUUCCCUUUAACCCCCGCUCCCCUUCGCGCUUGGUGUAUCACAACUCCUUAUCAAAAGCAUUCCCCUAAUUAGGUAACGGGUUAAAAAUAAAAGUGUUUUCUAGCAAGAAAGAAACCAAGCCUUCGUAAUUAACCGGGCUGCGGCAAGGAACGUCCAGUUCAUAAAAUGGGUUUUGGAAUUUUUCGGUUAUCUUUUUCUGACGCGUACUCGAGGCUAGACACUUAAGUAUUCGAGGCUAGCGCUUAUUAACUUUUUUCUGCCUUUAGGAUGGGCGCUUAUGCGAGGUGGGUGCUGAUUCGGAGUUGAGCGCUUGUUCGAAUAAUAGUUCGGUAUUCACAUGUCGAUUUCAUCGGAACGAACUUUAGGAAAAUGUAAACAGAUCAAAUGGUCGAUGACAUAAUUUUUUUAUACCGUAUGAUGAGUUGAGGAUUCGCUAUUUUUCUCAGCGGUGAGUAACGUAUUUUCAUGGAAGACAAUCACUCUGUUGUUACUCCGCCGAAAUGUUAGGCGAAACGCUUUUCACAGCUAAAUCCGGACUGAACUACAGCGCACUUGAAAUUCAAUUAGCUCGUGACCUUGGUUUAAAUCAUAAUUAAAUAUGGGUCGAAGGCUGUCGCAUGAACUUAAAUUUUUCGGAUCAUUAUACGCUUCCAGGAAACUGCCCACCUACCCCUCCCCUAAGCCAACAUUUUGCCCUGAGUGAGAGUUAAGGUGGCCCGUUCCUAUUUAUGUGCGUGUUGGGUUAUGUUUUUGAUUCGCGUUUUUUAGAAUGAAAGAUUCAACCGAUUUCUAUGAUUUUUGGCAUACCAAAUAAAUAAUAAUGGAACCUUAAGAAAACGUUAUUUAUUUUUUUUGUAGGUAUAAAAGCUUUUGAGAUAUCGGUAUAUAUUUAAAACCGCAUUUUUAUGAAAAAUGUAAAUAACUUCGAAAUCCCACGACAGAUUUUUCCCAAACUUAAGCAAAUAAGCCCCAGAGCUCUCUAGUUUUACAUCUGCAAGUUUGAAGGCAAUCGUGAGCGUAGAACUCCCUGCUGCUGGAAAAAUCUUAACAAAGCAAAAUAUAGCAUCUACGAAAAGCUCUCAAGAAUUUUUAGCGUCGCAGGUUCCCGUUCUGAAGAGAAAUAAGGCCACCAACGCCAGUACUUCUAAUCAUCCAUUUUUCAGCUGCAAUGAGAACCCUUGUAUUUGGUAAUUUAUUCCAGCUUUUUAGACUUGCCAUCACAUUCGCACAGGAAGUUUACCACUUGCGAAUAAAGAUGAAAACAAAUAUGACAAUCGUCUUAUUCUUCUCAUUAUUCCCAACAGCAAACUGCCUGUGCAAAUGUGAUGGUAAGUCUUAAAAGCUUGAGUAAAUUACCAAAUAUGAAGGGUUCAUUGCAGCUGAAAAAUGGAUGGUUAGAAGUACUGGCGUUGGUGGCCUUAUUUCUCUUCAGAACAGGAAUCUGCGACUCUAAAAACUCUUGGCAGUUUUUCGUAGAUGCUAUAUUUUGCUUUGUUAAGAUUUGUUUUCUAAAGAGAAGGACAAAUACAAAGUAAGUUUGACGAAUAGAAGUUCUUUAAUAUCACCGCGCACUCAGCUUAAAAUUGUUCAUCUUGAAGUGCUAACUGUAUUCGCCGUAAAUAACUUUCUGAUUACUCCGUUUCUUGCAAUAAAGCUUUAGGUAGGAAUAUCCUUUCUGAUAGGAGAUAGUCUGUCGGCAGUCUUCCUCUAUUCGUGCUUCAACUUUCACAAAUGUGUUAGCGUAGCAUUUUAAGGUUAAAUUUGAUCAGCAUUUUGUGCAGCGAGUUCUACGGUCACGAUUGCCUUCAAACUUGCAGAUAUAAAACUAGAGAGCUCUGAGGCUUAUUUGCUGAAGUUAGGGAAAAAUCUGUCGUGGGAUUUCGAAGCUAUUUACAUUUUUCGUAAAAAUGCAGUUUUCAAUUUAUGCUGAUAUCUCAAAAGUUUUUAUACCUACAAAAAAAUCAAAUAAUAUUUUCUUAAAGUUCCAUUAUUAUUUAUUUAGUAUGCCAAAAAGCAUAGAAAUCGGUUGAAUCUUUCAUUCUGAAAAACGCGAAUCAAAAACAUAACCAACACACAUAUAAAUAGGAACGGACACCUUAAGUGUUAAUGUUGACUUAGGGGAAGGGUAGGUGGGCAGUUUCCCCAGAAACGUAUAAUGAACCAGUUUUUGUGGGUUCAAGCUAUUUAUUCUCGAUGCACAAUGAUUGACUUUUACAUUUAGUGAAGCCCUAUGGUUCAUUCAUACAGUACUGUCCUUCGCCGUUACAUUUACAGUGUACGUAUUCAACUUAGAAUUGAAACAGGUAGAUACGAAAAAAUCCCUCGUAAUGAAAGGAUAUGUUCCUUUUGUACAAGUAACAAAAUUGAAGAUCAAAAUCAUUCCUUACUAGAUUGUAAGGCUUAUUCUCAGAUCAGAGACAUAUUUUUCUCCAAAAUUAACUGGAAACUAAAAUACUUGACUUCAAAUCACUUUCACACGAUACUUUAAUAUCUCUUCUUAUGAUUUCUUCUGAUUAUUUAAUUAACUGUCAAUUGGUUUCAUUUAUCUCGCAAUGCUUUGAAUUAAAAAACCAAAUUAAUAUCAUGAAUGAAUGAAUGAGAACUGUACCGUUUUGUAAUGUUUUGCACCACUUAGUUGAAUUAACACUUAAAUUUAGACUAAUAGCUUUUGCAAUACUGUAAUUUCUUUAAGGUCAUACAAAUAAAACAUUUGGUGUUGUUGUAUUCUAAACACCUUAAGUAAAAUACAGGUCGUCAAGCUCGUGUCCUGUGUGAAGUUUCGAGUGAAAUCGAUUUAUAUAGGUUUGUUUUUUGAAGUUCCCAUUUCCGAUGGCUUUAGUUUACACGUUCAUCAAAAUUGGUAUGUAUUACGAUAAACUUUAAGCGAGCUGUGAACUUUCAAAGUUUAUAGAAACUCCAAUCAGUUGUAUUUGCUGAAGGGGAUAAGAAACAAAACUUGCCGGCAAUUGAGAGAUUAGCAUAACAAGGUCAUGCCCAGAUUUAAUUCAGAUAUGGCAUUUUUUGUCAGUUAUAGACUACGAGCAGUCCCCCAUUUUUCCUCAGGGAUAGUAGAGCGAGCGAAACGCGAGCGCGCGUAAAAAUCACCCCACGCGAGAAAAGGCGACACGCGGCGGGGAGAGAGAAAAAUGAGGUAUUUAGCCCUUUCGGAAGAUAAAUCAUUUUUUGAUCUGAUUCAGAUGAUUGAUCUGUUCGACGUCUGACCCAACAUUUUUCUCUCCCCCCGCCGUGUUUCGCAUUUUCUCGCGUGGGGUGAUUUUCACUCGCGCUGGCGUUUCGCUUGCUCUACUAUCCCUGAGGAAAAAUGGGGGACUACUCGUAGUCUAGGUCAGUUAAUGCCAAUGAUUCUUUUAUUAGUAAGACUUGUCACGUUAUUACUUUUGAUGGAAUAGAUACCUUUGAUACACAACUUGUGCAGGGAAAAUGAAUCUACCGAAGCGAUUUCGUGUAUAGAGAUAACGAAUGAAAAUGAUCAAAAGCAUUUAGAGUAAGAAAUUCCAAUGAACAUCUAGCUUGUUCUUCUACCUAAUAGUACUUUUAAGGUCCCCAUAAAAGUAAACAAUCAGACCCUUCCACGGUUUUUCACAACUUUUGAUAUAGACAAGUUAUAUAUAACUAGGGAAACUCCGUCGACACCACUGGAAAAAGCGCCUUAAAAUUAGCACAAUUGCCAAGUGUGAUUUGUGGUGGGGGGCACAAACUUCCCCCCACCUUACAAACGUUUGUAAAUUUUCUCAACUUUGCCGAGCUAUGUCUUGUCUCGCUUAUGACAUAUCACUUUCAUAUUUGGCAAUUUUACUAAUUUGAAGACGCUCUUUCUAGUGGCGUCGACGCAUUUUCCCCAUUGGUCCAUGUGAAAAGUUUGAAAAACUGUGAAAGGGUCUAUUAUCAGUAACUGUCUUUAUCCGCGAUGCCCAAAUUUACCGCAGGCAAAAUUUAACUGUGUUUCCUUAUUAAUUAAUUAAUUAAUUUGUUUAUUUAUCUUUUUUUCAGAUUCGUAAUUUCUAUGGCGUUGUCACGUAUUAAAAUCUUUGUGGUAUUAUGUUCUCUUUUCGCUGUGGUAACUUUUGUGAUUGUCCAAAAGUCGGGAAUUUUGAGCCCAAAGCCGAAGGUAAUACAUCAUAAACGAGCUCGUGAAAGAGGAUUAGUGUAUAUGCCAAACCUGGACUCUUUCAUGAGACGAACCAAGCUUAGUGCGCUAAGUUUAUCAGUUCAUGAAAAGUUCGACGUCUGGCUCAGUUAAGACCGUGUGAAUGAGUUUGGAUCGUCCAACACGUUCUUUCCGUCUGCUCCAGACGGAUAGACCGUCUGAAGAUCGUCUCCGGGACAAACGUCGAUCUUCACAUGGGACGAACUAAACUAAUAAAUUAAGAAUUUGUUUGAUAAUGGAUACCGUAAAAUUCUGAAAUUAAGCCCCGGGGCUUAUAUUUUUCAAAGGCCCUUUUUGAGGGGCUUAUUUUGGAGGAGCUUAUCCACGGAGGGAAAUUUGCGUUUCAAAAUCGAUUAGGAUAGCCUUACAGUUGGAAGUAAAUUUACCGUUUUGGCUUUGUUUUACUUUGUAUUUUCAGGGCAAUUUUCAAAGUACAAGCCCCCUGGGGGCUUAUAUUUGGAGGGGCGAUUUAAGGAGGGGUUUUUGCGUUACCGGCUCAUACAUGGAGGGGCUUCUUUUCGGAAUUUUACAGUAUUUAGCCCGUUCGGAAGAUAAAUUAUUUUUUAAUCUGAUUCAGUUGAUUGGUCUGACGCGUCCUACGUUUGACGUCUGACCCAACAGACGAUCCUAACUUAAUUUAGGUCGGCCCAAAUUAAAGUUUAGUUUGUCUGAUGAAUAGUUCGACUUUUGAUCUAGGGCUAAGAGCAAAACGGGUACACGUUCAAUAAGAAUCCCCAUAAUGUGAUCUACAAAUAUCCUUCAGAUUAAUGGAUAAUAAGUUAUACCUUAACUGAACGCAAUUUGAGUAGACUGCAAGAUCAGUGAGAUACUAACGAAGCUUUGGCAAGGUAGAAGAAAGUAGGACUCGAGUGCGCUUUUUUUUCACAACUAAACUGUCACUGAUUUUCAACAUUUCAUACCUCUGCAGUGCGAAUGCGUCUAAGAUAUAUCUCAGUUUUCGAGAUAACGAUUAGAAUAAGUCAAUUUACCAGCAAUCGUCUACUUAAAUGCACAAUAGACAAACGUUCCUACAUAUUACCAAGAGCCGCUUUCAUCUGUUAGCCCUUCAUCGGUAAGCCCAUAAUUCACAAAUAGAUAACGUUGAUAUUAUAGAUGUAAAUUUACUAUUAUUGUUAUAGUUAUUAUUAUUAACGAUGAUGAUGAUUAUUAUUAUUUGAUAAAUUUUUUUAUUUAUUUAUUUUCGACUUACGCUGAUUCUUAUUUGUCCAGACCCUAGUUAUAUAUUGAUAAGGACUUGGAAAAAAAGGUAAUUGAGAAGCAACCGAAGGAAAAAUUGUAAAUUUUGACCUACCACAAAGCACGUUUUUGAGUGUUAUCGUUAAUUAUUGACCUUAUUGUUUUUUUCUUUUCUCAGAAGCAUAAAUGGUACUAUUCACCACAGGAAACGGUAAGAUGACUAAAAUGAUAGGAAUAUUGCAUAAAAGAAGUAUCAGUCAUUUUGUGGAGUUAUAGUUAUAUCCGGCGCGCAUGACGCCGAGUUGUUUCUUGCAGCACUGAAAAAGGGAGCUACGUUAUCAACAUGAUGUCUACCACGACGAGGGUGCAUCCUCUUUGCAAUCUGAAAACAAUCUUAAAAACUUACAAUUAGAAAGAAUCCAUUAUUAUCCUUUAUUUCCUGCAAUAUGGUGAAAUAUUUUCUCUGCUGAAAUCUUUGCAAAUAUCUGGCUGUUGAUUUUACACUGCUGGUUAAGAUGUCUUGGCUGACUCUUUUUCUUCCUUCUCCACAUUUUGCAACUUACCACUUUUUACUCCUAUUUAGUUGUAAAAUUUUGGCGUUGGAAAUGGUUUUCAAACUUGAAUUGUAUUUAUUUUGAUCUGUUCGUCUGGUCUGUCCAAUGGAAAUAAAAGAACUAAACUAUAUCGUCUACAAAGUUAGCUUGUGUACCUGGCGCAGGUUUUUUAGGGCGAAGGAAGAAAUCUAACAGGCGCCUUCGCCGCAGACUACUACAAAGUAUAAAUUCCUAAGACGCAGCUUCAUUGGAUUGCUAUCCAAUUUGAACCUAUACCGUCAAGGAUACAGCCUCAAAAAAGGCCUGAUCUGCAGAGGUUUCCUUGGUGGUAAGUUAUAAAUGAGGACGUGAUCUGCGCUAUUUGUACCUAGGAGCGCAACCUCUCAUUGGCUACUUCGCAUCACAUAAAAUCUUACAAUAAGUCUCUGGGCGGGCAACAUUGCAGAAUCCAUGACGCCAGAGAGUAACAAUACACUUUUACCAGUGAAUGUAAACCGUCCAGUGUGAUUUACUUUCAUAAAUUUGUACGCCUCGUAUUUCUCUCAAAAUUAGAGAAGUAGCAUGGGAUAAAUUAGUUAUCAAAUGCUUGCUCGUGUAUACUUGGAACUUGAUUUGUAUGCCCACUUCAGCUGCCACUUGUCUAAAAACUCGCAUGUAUGACAAGAAAAAUAAAGUCACCUGUGGAAAUCGGAUAUUUCUCGUAUCAGAGUAAUCGACGGCAUUGCAUAUAACUAGAGUUUCUUUCUUGCAGGCAUCUAAGUGGAAAAGGUGCAAAAGACUUAUAUCUGGCGAAGAGAAAGUCAACAGAACUUAUAUCCAAAGAAAUGACUCUGAUAUCCUCGAUGUGUACAAGCUAGAUACGGACUGCGAUCAUGUUUUACGAAGAUAUUUUGUUCAUCCUCCGGUCACGAAAGAAGAAAGGAAGCUGCCGAUUGCUUACGCAGUUUUAUUAUAUAAGGGUGCAUCCCUCUUUGAACGAACUCUUCGAGCCAUCUACAUGCCUCAUAACGUUUAUUGUAUCCACAUCGACAAGAAGUCCCCGGAGGCUUUCCAUAAAGCCAUACAGGCGCUAAUUCGAUGUCUUCCGAAUGUUUUCAUUUCGGCAAACAGCACUGAUGUUGUCUGGGGACAUUUCUCAAUUGUUGAGGCUCAACUGAACUGCAUGGAGGAGCUACUGGAAUCCUCAGUGAAAUGGAAAUAUUACAUCAGUUUAGUUGGACAGGAUUUCCCUCUUUACGAUAACAAGCAAAUUGUGAGAGCAUUACGGGGGCUGAACUAUACUAACAGCAUCGAAAGCAUGCCCAUGCCUCAACAUAAUCAGGACCGAACAAAGAAAGUGCACGCGCUGAAAAACCGCGUUAUCUACAAUACUGGUAUCGCAAAGUCGCCACCGCCACACAAUAUUUCUGUCCAUAAAGGAUCGACACAUAUCGUCGCCAUAAGAGGAUUUGUUGAAUUUGUUCUCCAUAGUAAAAUAGGAAAAGACUUUAUUGAAUUCUUGAAGGACACCUAUGUCCCAGACGAAACAAUAUACUCAUCUUUACAGCAACAUCCGCUGACCCCAGGGGGUAUUCGUGGCAAUCAACCCAAGUAUAUACCGCGUGCCCUGUACUGGCUUUUAACAAACACUCGUAACAUUUGUCAUGGGGCCUGGGUACGAGGUCUUUGCUGGAUCCAAGUAGAAGAUUUGCGGUGGGCGCUUGGAAAGGAGAAAAAAGACAAACUUUUUGUUCACAAGAUCCCAUUCAACUUCAAUGAUGAUUUGAUAGAAUGUAUUCUUGUUGCAAGACAGGGAAGGAAAUAUAAUACUGCUGUAUGGAAACAAUAACUGUUCUUUGUAUAAGCCAUUAAUAGACCUUUUAACGGUUUUUGUCAACUUUUGACAUGGUCAAGUUAGGUCAAAUCCAUCGACUCCGCUGGAAAAAGCGCCUUUAAAUUAGUAAAACUGCCACCUACAUUCUUAUGAAACUGAACAAUAUAUAAAGAAUGUUUACGUUCAUACUAUUGUUUCCUUUAACCAAUAAAGCUUGCACAUGCUAGUUAAUGUGUCUUAAAUUGUUGGUUACUGAACAUUGCUAAGCUACACUUCAGCGUUUCGUCUUGGUUUGCCAGUGUUAAAUUCUCAGUUUUCGCAGAUUUCUGUUCUUCCUACUUUAACUUUGACUAACAUUAGAUAGUUCCCAGUGAAUUUGCUGAUACAAAGAGCAAUAUUGUCGCUGUUCGUGCAUCAUCGUCAUCAUCAUCCUCAUUAUUAUUGGUCGACGGAAUAACAGUCGAAUGUAGGCGUCUCCAGCUGGCUCGGUCUUAGGCAGUGCGCACAAUUUCAUCCUUUAAGAAACGCUUAUUGGGGUCGAUCCAUUCCUGGACUUGGCUAGAAAAGGACUUUUGCGAUCUCCCUUGGGGAUGUUGGCGGUUUAUCCUUCUCCAUACCCGCUAACGCAAAAUUUGGCCAGCAGCUAAGCUCGGAUGUUCCAAAAGGUACGCACAGUUUUAGUCACUUUUCCCUGGAAUCAAUCUUACUCAUCACUCUUACCAUUUCUUUUCAUCCCUCUUUGGCUUUAGGCAGAAGUUUCGGCUUUUUAUGCUUGUUGUUUCGCUUGUUCAGUUCAAAUAAUUUUCAUGUUUCAGUUUGUAAGCUGCACGCUUUUGCAUUCCGUGUAAAUUUAUGACUUGAGGUUUCCCAAUGGGUUUUCGGGAUCGGGGAUUUUCCUUAUUUGAAGGCCGGGAUUCAGGAUUUUAUUGCAAAAUGGGGUCGAGAUUGAGAAUUAGAAGUAUGCACGGGAUGCGGGAUGCGGGAUGCUCAAAAUAGCCAUCGGGAUUACGGGAUGGACAGAAAAUUUGUGUCUUGAUGACGGGAUCAAAGAACCCGAUCACGCAAAAAACAGCGUCUUAACAUGACUGUCACAUGUGGCAAGUGGUCUUCUAAAUCAAUAAAGUGGCAGCCAUGUUGAUGUACCAACAGUGAAAUUUUAUGUUGUUCCAAUAAAUUAACUGAUAGCCGCUGGUCACGAGAGUAAAAGUUACCCAUUAGUUGUUUUUCUCAUAAAAAUGCGAAAUAUUGGAUGGUUGAUAUUAGCACGCAAACAUCACCAAGCUAUAAUAAUCAAGACAUACAAUUUAGCUUCGUCUGCCACGUAUUCCAGUGCCAAUUCAUUUGUAAGGUAGGUUGUCAAUUACCUUUAACUAGUCCACAGAGGUCACCUCUAUUAUCGUUUUUCAAUGCAUUCCCGCUUUCGUCGUUCAUUGUUCAGUUUUACUUAAUAGAUAUACUCAUGCCUUAUCGGACUGUGUUUAAAUUGAAGACUAAUACAAAGAAUGCUUAGUAGAACUUUAGGAAUUUAACAUCAUUGAUUCAAUUUUAGGCCAAAGGUCGUUUCAACUAGCAAUCUUCCUUGGUAACAAAAAGUAGAAGGGGAGAAUUUGCGAUUAAUAGUUACCUAAAUUUUACAUUUGAUACAAGAAAUGUAACCAAGCUGAACUAAAUUGGCGUCCGCUAAAAGCUAUAUCACCUGCAGCCUUCUCAAAACAUAUAGUAGGUACAAAAUCGCGUCACGUCUUGACUCUAACCCCGGAAAGUCUUAACAUCAAGUGUAUUACGGUGACGCUAGCUAUAGGUAUAUCAAGGCGCGGAUAUAUAAUUAAUAAUUGUUAACAAUAUUACAUGUUACAACUUCAGUAUUCAUCUGCUUAUUUGGCUUUUCACUCGUCUGAAAGUUUGCUUUUUUUGUAUUUUUCGUUGUCAUGUUUCUUUUUUGUCUGUCUUAUGAGUAUCAGUGAUGCAAUCUCAUAGCCCGUUACUGAAGCAGUUUUUCAUUUCUUGUAAAAUUAAGAUUCUUGGAAGUAUAAGAUCCCUGGCUUUUGUCCAAUACAAAUUCGACGCCUGGCACUAACCAAAUGCAUUUUUCAAAUUGAAAACAGAACUCAAGCAAUGCGAACAAAAGAACACUGUAUGGCUAAAAAAUAAAGAUUGUUAUUUUCCCCUUUUAUGAUUCCCAACUUCGUAGCGUAAGAGGACUGUUUGUGCUAUUACUAUUCUGGAUUAACUUUAUUUAAUUAAUUUUAAAGUUCUAAUAUCAGCUACUUGAGCUGACAAUUCGAUUUCUGAUGUUGUCGUUCGGUUAUUUUCGUGUUCAGCACGUGUGUAUGUUUGUAUGCGUGCAUGUUCCCAAGGAACAAAAAACCUUUCCUUUUUCUUAUAGAGACCUGUGACUCCUUAGUAUGGUAUUGAAAGUCGCCAAGGCUUGGUUCUUGUGUUUCAUCAUGGUUAUGGUUAUUAUGGUAAUCUUCGGGUCAGUUUUUCUUAAUGUGAACAACAUGACGCAAAGACGAGCCCUCAGUGUAUCGAAGGUAAAAACGGAGUGCUCAGCUUAAGUGCGCGCAAGAAUGCCUGGGUCAAAAGAGGUUACUGGGUAACUGCAAUUCCGCAUUUCCUUAUUUUAACUUUAAGUGAUUAUAUAAAUCAUAACAGCGGGGUGUUAGCCAACAAAGAGUUGUCAGAGAUGUGACAAUAGUUUAACAGCGCUAAGUGUCUUUAAGUUGAGUACCCACACCACGGUAUGGGAGGCAAGUUGGAAGGCGAACGAAGGUGAAGAAAGUAUUCCUUCCUUUCCUUUUAGGAGACCCGCUCUUCGUUCCUUUGGAUUUAGGAUUUUUAUUUCUCUUUAAUAAGGAAUUAGUGGCCUACUCAGUUUUAUGAGACUCCUCCUUCAAACACUCAAAUACAGCGGUUAUAAGAAGACGAGUUUUGUUAGCAAGAUUUUGAUAAAGGAACAAUGAGAUGUUGUUUUUCUCUCUCAAGUUGGCUAUAAGACUUCAGGGCAUGAUCCGAGUAGCUGGCCGGACCAAAAACCAGGGUUUUAAAAAAACUGAGGUGUGCUGUCUCUGGUUGGACCUUCCAGUCUUCUCUCUUAAGAAAGAAGAGAAAAGGCUCCGCCUCACAGAUUCUUCUCCCAGUUUUACUCUGUGAGUUACUUGGGGUGCAUCAAAUACCGGACCUGGGACUGUUAACGUGAUCGCCCGGUUUUUUGUAUUUGCUGUGAUUUGUGAUUGUUAAAAAUUAGAAGCAGUGAACUGUGAACAAUUUUCCGGAAAAAUGAGAAGAAAACGCUACUUGUUUCGAUGAAAACUUAUCCGCCGAAGACCUUCGAAAUCUAGGAAGGGUAUUCUUGGCUCGCGAACCCUUUUUUUCAAUCUUGCUUUAGCGAAAGAACCGUUGAAAAUUAAAUAAAACCUCCUGUAGGUUGUAUCUAAAAUUAAUACAUCAUUUUUAUACUUAGUUCUCUGAUCUUCUUCCCAGGGGGUGGGGGACUCCGCAUGUGAAAGGGGUGGGGAUGCUCGUCGGAAAUUUUGAAUUAAACCCCUAAAGGAGACCGAUCUGGGCGUGGCCCAAGCUUUUUUUGACCCCUAAAAGGACCAUGUUAAAACACAGACAAAUGAGAAAACUUGGACUAUAUGAAUGGAGUAAAUAAAACGAACUGAAAAUAUACAUAUCAAAUAUGUAUUUUUAAAUGUUUUCGCGUGCAACCCUCAACGAGACCUUCACGGCUAAAUAUGAUGGUGUCUUGCCCAGAACACCCUAAGUGAGACCAAAGUCCGAAAUUUACACCCCUAAGCGAGACGAUGAGCAUCCCCACCCAUUUCAUAUCUGGAGUCCCCCCGCGUCUUCUUCAUACAAAAGUAAAACGUGCAAUUGAACACAGAUAACAGUGGAAUUGAAUCUUUGCACGAAAUAAGAAAGAAACGUGAAGCGAAAUGGAAUGGUCUUGAAUCGAACAGCUCCCCCCCCCCCCCCUGGAUCUCUCUUACGGACCCUCUGACAAGGAUCACCCCUAACGUGCUGUCCUUGGACUUCGUUAGGUUCGUAGUUUGUCGGGAGAUGUCAAGGCGGUUUAUUUGGGUCAGGACAGGUUGCAGCAUCGUUUCAGUAGAAAAAUCCAAUGCUGAAUUCAUCCCACACUUUACGGCCAGUCCAACUUACCUCAUUUUCUGUGGUCUCGAUCCAUCAAACAACGAUAAAGUUUGGAACAGCGUGAAUUCAUUUUUUAACUGACCUCUUCACCUUCGUAAUUGCUUUGCUGGGCGCAGUUGUUCGAAAGGUGGAAAAUGCUUUCCCUUGGAUAAAUCUCUAUCCAAUACAUAACGCAACCAGUUUCCCUAAUACUUAUCCACUUGAUAGCAAUUUAACCGGUGGAUAGCGCUGCGCAACGUUUGAACAACCGGGGCCUGGUCCGUGAGACCAGUAGAUUACCUAGUGCUCGCAGGUGCACUCCAAUCUAGUGCGUAGUCCUGUGACCACGGCCUAAACGAUAUUUGCAGGAGCCCAUUAUAACCAAGUUAAUAACUCUUCGUCAAACGUACAGUAUUUCUUCGUCAGGUGGAUGUUAAAUGGAAUUAUUUCCCUGAGGAAAAGACCAAGUAAAAAAAAUACCACUAAAAAACAAACAAAACAGUUUAUAUACAUUCCUUUUGUUAUUCCUUCGUUGUAGAUGUUCACUUUAUCAGGUUACACCUGGCUGUCAGAUUAGCUGAUGGUACUAACACAUGAUGGCCGUUGUCUCUUCGUCAUAGCUACUUCUUGGGUUCCUACUAGGCAGAGUAUCUUUUUUAAAAUUCCUUUCUCUUUCUUUUUUUGUAGUAAGACUCUUAUGCUGCCUUUUUAUUGCAGAAAUCAAAGUGGAAAAGAUGUACAAAACUUAUUUCUGGCAAAGAAAAACCAAAUCAGAGUUGGAAUUUAUCGACUGUAGCAACUUCCGACAUCUACAGAUCUGAUCAAGACUGCUUACAUGUUUUAAGCAAACGCUUUAUUCAUCCUCCUGUUUCAAAAGAAGAAAAGCAGUCACCAAUCGCCUUUGGCCUGACUGUUUAUAAAGGUGCGCGUCUAUUUGAAAAAAUUCUACGAGCUGUUUACAUGCCAAACAAUAUCCACUGCAUUCAUAUCGACAAAAAAUCUUCAGCUGUCUUCCGUAAAGAGAUACAGGCCGUUAUACGUUGCCUUACAAACGUUUUUAUCGCAUCAAACAGUGUUGACGUAACCUGGGGACAUAUUUCUAUAGUUCAAGCUCAAUUCAUUUGCAUGGAGGAACUUUUGAAAUCGACUGUCAAAUGGAAAUAUUACAUUAGUUUAGUUGGACAGGAUUUUCCUCUUUAUGAUAACAAGCAAAUUGUUAAGGCAUUAAGUGGUCUUAACAACUUUAAUAACAUAGUAAGUAGACCAGUUUCCAAAAAGUUGCAAAACAGAACUAAAUAUGUCCACCUCUUAAUGGAUAAUAAGGUUGUAAUGACUGGUCAACCAAAAUUACCCCCUCCGCAUAAUAUUUCGAUCUAUAAAGGAUCAACACAUAUCAUUGCAUUAAGAGACUUUAUCGAGUUUGUUGUUCAUAGCAAAAUAGCAAAAGACUUUUAUGAAUUCUUAAAGGAUACUUUUAUCCCGGAUGAAACGAUAUACUCUUCUCUACAACGGAAUCCUCAAGCCCCAGGAGGAAUCAAUGGCAAUCAACCAAAGUCCAUAUCACGUGUCUUGGCCUGGCGAGCCCAUAACUCAAAUAUCUGUCAUGGAAGGUGGGUACGGAGUCUUUGCUGGAUUUCCUUGAAAGAUUUACAAUGGGUCCUAGGAAAAGAACAGAGAGACAAACUCUUUGUUCAUAAGAUUCCGUUUGACUUCAACGAUGACCUGAUAGAAUGCAUUCUUGUGGCAAGACAGGGAAGAAAAUAUGCAACCGCUGUGUGGAAACAGGGAUUGUGGGAUACAGCGUCUUAA